GAACGCUGGGGCUCGGAGCGGGUUUAAAAUCUUAACGGAUCAUAACGAUACCGGCUGUUCCUUCUUCGCAAUCCCUCCCACCUCCCUGCGAGUACUUAUGGGUAAGAGAAAAGAGGAAAGCUUUUCAGAACCUGGACUCCACAAAAGGCCAAGACAAGAAUACACAGAUGAAUCUAAUGAUGAGCUUGAUGAAGAAGAACGUUCACAGUUGCAGUCUGACAGUAAUUCCAGUUCGCAGUCGACUUCGGGGGAAGUGGGGAUAAUUGAAAGCAUCCAAUUGAAGAACUUCAUGUGCCAUUCAAUGUUGGGGCCCUUUCAGUUUGGAUCCAAUGUAAACUUUGUGGUUGGAAACAAUGGAAGUGGGAAGAGUGCUGUAUUAACUGCUCUUAUUGUUGGUCUUGGGGGAAAAGCUACCACAACUAACAGAGGAUCCUCUUUGAAAGUAUUUGUGAAAGAUGGAGAGACUUCUGCAGAUGUUUCAAUAACGUUAAGAAACCGAGGUAAAGAUGCAUUUAAACCAGAAGUAUAUGGCAGUUCUAUUAUUGUGACUCAACACAUUAGCAUGGAUGGAAGUCGUAGUUAUAAACUGAAAAGCAAAACAGGGACAUUAAUUUCUUCUAAGAAAGAAGAACUUACUGCAAUACUGGAUCACUUUAAUAUACAGGUAGAUAAUCCUGUGUCUGUUUUAACCCAAGAGAUGAGCAAGCACUUCUUACAGUCUAAAAAUGAAGGUGACAAAUACAAGUUCUUUAUGAAAGCAACCCAGCUGGAGCAGAUGAAAGCUGAUUAUUCAUACAUUAUGGAAACUAAGUCAAGAACUCAUGAACAGAUAGAACAAGGAGUAGGGCGUCUUCAAGACCUUAGGCAGCGCUAUGUCGAGAAAGAGGAGCGCUACAAAAGUAUUGCGUUCGUGAGUGAAAUGCAAACCAACCUAGAGGCUUUGAAACACAAAAUGGCCUGGGCAGUGGUGAAUGAAACUGAAAAAGAAAUGAAACCAAUCAAAGAUAGUAUUGAUAUUGAGGAAGGACGUACUGAAAAGUAUGACCAGAAGCUAAAGGAAUGGCAGGUCAAAGUAAACGAAGCAGAAGAAAAGUACAAGGCCAUCCAAGAUAAGUUAGAAAAGAUCAGUGAAGAAGCACAAGCAUUACAGCCUCAGUGUGUGUGUUUGAAAGCUGAUGUACAAGCAAAAAGAAAAGCAUACAACGAGGCUGAGGCACAUUAUAAUCGUUCUAGAACAGAAUUAAAACGACUAGAAAAAGAUGAUGAACAGCUACGGAAACGAAUUGAAGAAUUGAAAAAUAGUGCUGAUCAAGUUUCAGAGUCUGAAAAGUUGGAAAGACAGAAAAAAAUAGCCCAUUUGAAAGACCAGUUGAAGAUCGUCCAUGAUCAAGAGGUCAUGAUGGUUCAAGAAAUGGAUCAGUUUCAGCAGGCUGUCUACAAAUCCAAGGAAGAACAUGCUAGACUCAAGCGAGAAGAACUUGAUGUGAAACAAGCAUUGGAUUCCAAACAAAGACAGCUGAAGGAGCUGACAGACAGUAAAACAAAUAGAUUGAAAAGAUUUGGACAACAUGUGCCAGUCCUUCUUGAAGAAAUUGAAGAUGCCUAUAGAAAAGGACAUUUUAAACACAAACCUAUUGGACCUUUAGGUGCUUUCAUUAGUCUCAAAGAUGCUGAACUUACGUUGGCUGUUGAAACUUGUUUAAAAAGCCUACUGCAGGCAUUUUGUUGUGAUAAUCAUCAUGAUGAGAGAACACUUCAGACACUGAUGUCAAAGUUUUAUCCAUCUGGAUAUAGGCCCCAAAUAAUUGUCAGUAGGUUUCGAAAUGAAGUGUAUGAUGUCAGACCCAGGGCCGUUCACCAUCCAGAAUUCCCAUCAGUCCUUACAGCUUUAGAAAUAGAUAAUGCAGUGGUUGCUAAUUGUUUGAUUGACAUGAGGGGUAUAGAAACAAUCCUGCUAAUUAAGAGUAACCCAAAGGCUCGUGAAGUAAUGCAGAGGAACAGGCCUCCAAAAAACUGUAGAGAAGCUUUUACUGCUGAGGGUGAUCAGGUGUUUGAGAGACGUUAUUAUUCAUCUGAUAAUACCAGGCCAAAAUUCCUAAGUAAAGACGUGGAAGCAGAAAUAAGUCACUUGCAGAAAGAAGUUGAAAACAAAAUGGCACAGUUGUCAACAUCUCAACGUCGUUUAUAUUCCAUUGAAAAUGAGACGAGACAGAAUGAAGAUUAUCUUAAUCGUCGUCGUAGACAACAAAAAGAAUUACAGAUGAAAAUAAGAAGAAUAAACAUAGAAAUAGCAGACCUUGAGAAUGUAGAAGAACACCAAUCAGUAGACAUCUCCACAUUAGAAGAUGAAGCUCAAGAAAACAAACAUAAGAUGGAAUCUGUUAAACGGGAUAUGGAACAGCAAAGGGGAAAAAUGGAGGACUUGAAAAAUAUUCUACGAAUGGCUGAACAUAAACUUGAAGAAAUUAAAGAAAAACUUCACCAAGUAGAAGAAAUAGCCAGUCCAGUCAAGGAUGAAUUAAACCAAGCUGACUUAGAAGUGGAAAAGAGUAAACACCACUGGCAGCACUACGAAGAGAAACAGAAAGAGCAUUUGGCAUCCAUAAAAAAACUUAAAGGAGAACUAGCUGCUAAAGAAAAAGAAUUAAAGGAAAAGAUUGCACAGGCCACACAAAUCUGCCCGCAACGGAUAGAAGUCAACAGAACUGUCAAGAGUCUUGACACAGAAAUGAAUCGCUUAAGAGACAAGAUAAAUUCAAAAAGAGAUCAUCAUGGAAACAGAGAAGAAAUAAUAAAGCAGCUUAUUGAAGCAAAGGACAAAUAUCAGGAUGCAGACGGUAAAGUGAAGAAUUUGAAGAAGUUUAUUAAAUUGCUGGAUCAAAUAAUGACACAGAGAUACAAAAUGUAUCAACAGUUCAGAAGGUGCCUUACUUUACGAUGCAAGUUCUAUUUUAACUUCUUAUUAUGUCAGCGAUCUUACUCUGGAAAAAUGAGUUUUGACCACAAGAAUGAAACACUUUCAAUAACAGUCCAGCCUGGAGAUAUAAACAAGGCUGCUCUAAAUGACAUGAGAUCUCUAUCAGGAGGUGAACGUUCUUUCUCAACAGUUUGUUUCAUUCUUUCUCUGUGGUCCAUUGCUGAAUCUCCUUUCAGAUGCUUGGAUGAAUUUGAUGUCUUCAUGGACAUGGUUAAUAGAAGAAUUGCAAUGGACAUGAUGCUCAAGAUGGCAGAUUCUCAACGUCAUCGACAAUUUAUUUUGCUCACCCCACAGAGCAUGAGUUCCCUACCCACGAGUGGCCUUAUUCGGAUCCUCCGAAUGCAAGACCCUGAAAGAGGACAAACAACGCUGAAUUUUCAACGUAAACAUCAAGAAGAGGAAGAAGACUAA